CUUACAGAAAAUCACCUACCACAAUAUGGCGAAGUAAAUCAAUUAGGCGGUGUCUUUGUAAAUGGUAGACCUUUACCGAACGCAACACGUAUGCGCAUAGUGGAGUUGGCGCGUUUAGGCAUAAGACCCUGUGAUAUAUCGCGACAGCUACGUGUCAGUCAUGGUUGUGUUUCGAAAAUACUUGCACGUUAUCACGAAACUGGUUCCAUAUUACCUGGCGCCAUAGGCGGUUCAAAGCCACGGGUGACCACACCUAAAGUAGUCAGUUACAUACGAGAAUUAAAGCAACGAGAUCCAGGCAUAUUUGCUUGGGAAAUACGCGAUCGUCUGCUGUCAGAAGGUGUUUGCGAUAAAACGAAUGUGCCUAGCGUCAGUUCAAUAUCGCGUAUACUACGCAAUAAGCUUGGCGCUAUGGGACAUCAUCACAAUGCAAGCAUAACAGGCAGUACAAAUACUUCACCGCAUCAUCCUCAUGCACACCAUCAUCAUCAUCAUCACUCAGCGCCCCCCUCACAUGCCGUUUCAGCUGUAGCUGCAGCAGCACAUCACACAGCCGCUCAUGCGCAUCCACAUUUAUAUAACUCCAUCUAUCAACCGUACAGUACAUACGGUAUGAAAACCGCUGUUUCAUGUGGAAGUCCAUCACCGCCUCAAGGUGGAGCCCAGGCACAUCAAUUGCACAGUGUUGCAGCUGCUGCAGCCGCGGCGCAUUGUUGGCCGUCAUCGCAUUCAGUUACUGAUAUAUUGGCACAUCAUCAGGCGGUUGCGUUACGCGCCAGUUGUCAAGUAGGCAACGCCAUAUCACCAUUGACGCCAGCAAUUCCAAUGACACCGUCUCCAGUUGGUAGUGUGGCCGGCACAGGAAGUACGCAGCAAGCACUCGAUAAUGAAAAUAUCAGCACUAAUGCAACACAUCAGCAUCAGGUAGUACAGCAACCCUAUAAUUAUUAUAUGUAUUUUCAAAAUGGCGGCAUGCACCAUCAUCACGGUGGUAUGAUGGCUGCAGGCGCAACGAGUUUAUGAAGUUUGUUUUUGUUAAUUAAAUUUUUUUUUGUUUAUGGUUUUAACUUUAUAUUUUAAUAUCGGAAAGGCGUAGAAUAGAGAUAAGUUUAAAUACUCAAUACCGUGUAACUUCAU